AGUGAUACGAACAGGACAUUGGAGGCUGAAAUGAAGCAAAGAGAAGUGUUGACUGCGAUGAGCUCCUUUUUCUGAAGACAGCUUUGGUUAUUUUUAUCAUGACUGAGUGGAACACACCACACUUGAAACUGAUUCUUAUCGGAAACUCUGGAGUGGGAAAAUCUUCAUUUAUGACCCGAUUUGUUGACCAUCGAUUUACUAAUUUGUAUCGUGCCACAAUUGGGGUAGAUUUCCUAACUAAAGAAAUCACUGUUGAUAGAAGACCAGUGAUUCUUCAGCAGAUCUGGGACACUGCAGGCACAGAGAGGUUUCAUUCCCUGGGUAGUUCAUUAUAUCGUGGAGCUCAAUGCUGCCUCCUAGUGUUUGAUGUGACCUCGUCUGUCUCCUUUGAAGCGCUGGACGUCUGGAAGAAAGAGUUCCUGGUGCAGGCCUGUCCUUCAGACCCAGCUGCGUUCCCUUUUAUUGUGCUCGGCAAUAAAAUCGACCUGGAUCAUCGUCAGGUGUCAACAUCCAAAGCUCAGAAGUGGUGUGUUGAUAUCGGAGCUGAAUAUUUUGAAAGUAGCGCUAAGGAAGACAUUGGUGUGGAUAAAACCUUCCACAGCGCAGCCCGAGCAGCCCUGCAGUAUCUUAAAAGUCACCAUGUGGAGAAUGGAGGAGACGUCCAGAUUACAAACACACAACAGGACAAGAAGCAAAGAACUAAAAAAUGCUAUUGUUGAAGCAACAACUCCUGCACUACUGUUCUCUAUUACCAGUAUUACAACAAGUGAAGAGAAUAAUCAAAGACAUUAAAAUCAAAUAAACCGACAGCAUAUCUAAAGCACUGGAGUUUAUCCCAGCUGAAAAGUACCAAACAUACAAACAGCCAAUCAGAAUGCACCAAGCUUGAGCAUUUAAAGCAACAGAACUGUAUUGUGAUAUUAUAAUAUGCACAACAGUAUUGUUUGUUGAUGGUGUAAUGUAGUUUAUAGCUGACGAUUAUAGCGAUAAUUUUGUGAACAAAAUAUGUGCAAGCAAAGUUUUAAUUGCAUUAGCGAUAAUGAAAAUGAGAGGAACGUUUGCAUAAUGGAGACAGUAAAAUUAGUCACUAACUAUAAAGUACACUACAGGAGAAAACAUUUAAAUAAAAUGAUGCAAUUUUUGAGGACUC